GAAAAAAAAAGAAAGAAAGAAGGGUUUUGGGUUUAGGCUCCGCCGUUGGUGAUUUGGGGAAUGGUGGGUGAGUUGUUAGCGUAAUAGACUCUUCUGUGCUUUCUCUCUCUCUCUCUGCUCUUCCCUACGUUGACGUCUCUCCACCACCAUCUGCCAUCGCCGGCGUAUUCACCGACCACCAUCAACCCCAAGCAAAUUCAAGAUUAGUAACAUGCCCCGGAGGCCUUUCAGGCGCUCCCAAUUGGGGAAUUAUCAGCCUUUGACCUUUUCCUCAUUUGCUCGUUCAAUUGCUCAAAUUGCCUCUACUUCCACAGUCAACCGUCAGAGGCAAGAGCCCAAAGUCAAAAGUAAGAAAAUUAUUCCCAACUCUGCAGGUAAGGAAUUGACGAGUAACAAUAUGAAAUCUAAGAAUGACCAGAUUGAGGCUUCUGACGAUGAAGACUUUGAUGGAGUUAUCCAAGCAGAUUUUGUGUUCUUUGAUCCAAAACCUGAUGAUUUUCAUGGAGUGAAGGCCUUACUGCAGAUUUAUCUUGAUGAUAAACACUGGGAUUUGAGUGGUUUUGUGGACUUGAUCCUGGGACAGACUACUGUGGGGACUGUCAUUAAAAUAGAGAAUGAUGAAGAAAAUAAUAUUUGGUCUAUUGUCACUGCUCUUAACUUGUAUAGAUACAGGGAACAUAAAUGUAUUGUAGAGCUCAAGGAGUAUCUCCUUACAGUAUGCCAUGAGAAGGACUUCAGCAGUAAUUUGAGAUCACUUUUGAAUGAAGAAGCACAUAGUGUAGGUCUCUUGGUCUCUAAGCACAAUACAUGUCUCCCGGACAAGCUCUUGCCACCUCUGUAUGAUGCUCUUUUUGAUGAAGUUUCCUGGGCUACAGAAGAUGAGCCAACAGCGGAGCUUCAAAAGUCCUUCUGCUUUAAAUUCUAUAUAGUAAUCUGUCAAAUUGGAAUGCUAAAGAGUACAAGCCAAAAAAAGAGGCAGAAAAAUGAGGAGGAAAUAAUAUAUCGCAAGCCUGAAGAUGAAAUUUUUCAUAAGCUCAGCUUGUGGUCCAUUACGUACCCUUUGAACACUGAGCAGCUUUUGACUUUUGAGAACAAGAACUACAGACUAAUGGGGCUAGUCAUGGCUGUUGAAGCAAAGAAGAUCCCAUUAUUUCGUCGCCAGUUGCAUUCUUUAAUCGAUGAAUCAUGAGGCUGAGGCUGAAGCUGAGGCUUAUUAUAAAGUGUUACUAUAAACUUAACUUAUGACUGCAUAUAGUAAAGUUUACCCGGCUUUGACCUGGCUGUGCCAAAUUUUGAUUUUCUUUUGGUGGUUUCUCUCUAACUGGGCUCCCAAUUUUGUCAUUAUACAAUGUUGUUGAGUUUAUUCUUUCUUUGUUUCUCAAGACUUGGUUAGACUUUGGUGUUGUUUUGCCCUUUUUACAUCGUUUUAAGGACUUGGUAUUAUCCAUAGUUUCACUC